AUGGAGAUGGGAAGGAAGCUGGUGUUGGUGGUUUUGAUGGUUGCAGUACUGUUUGAGGGGUCGAGGGCUGCAGUGAAAUUGUGUGACAUGGAUGAUGACGGUCUUUCAGCGUGCAAGCCAUCGGUGACUCAGCCCGACCCUGCUGACCCAACCCCGGCCUGUUGUCAGGCUCUUUCUGGGGCUGACUUGAAGUGCCUGUGUUCCUAUAAGAACUCGAUGGUGCUGCCUGCUCUUGGCAUCGACCCUGAUCUUGCCAUGGCUCUACCGGCCAAGUGCAGCCUGACGCCUCCUACCGACUGCUAA